CACGCCACAAAGUUUGUUACGUUCUUGAAGGGGUUGCAUAGAGCUUCGGUGUGUGGCGAAUGUAGAGCUGAACGCCCGGCGGUUGGAGCGGGCUGCUGCAGCCUCGCAUUUUCAUUAGAUGUAGUCCGUGGGAUUGCGGGAGGUGCAGGAAGUUUGACAGCGGUAGGAUUGCAAACAACAUUUGUGGAAAAUAAACCAUCUCCCUGCGUGCAGCCUGUUCGGGAGCAACGCUGUCCCUAGUGCGACCAGCAGCAGCCACGGACCAUGUCAGAGCACCGGCUGAUGGUAGAGGAACUCAACGAGCUUCUAGCAAACGACAGUGGCUUUUACAGCCUCCCAGCGCAGCACUGCAAUGAAGUUUACUCCAGAAUAUAUGUGGGCAAUGCAUUUGUUGCACAAAAUCUUAUGAGGUUAGAGCGAUUGGGGAUAACACAUGUGUUGAACAGUGCAGAAGGCAACUCAUUCAUGCACGUUAACACCAGUGCGGAGUUCUACGCAGGGUCAGGGAUAACAUACCAUGGAAUUAGAGCCAACGACACAGAAGCAUUUGACCUGAGUGCAUAUUUUGAAGAAGCUGCUGACUUCAUUGACAAGGCCUUGGCACAAAAGGAUGGGCGAGUGUUUGUGCAUUGCCGUGAAGGAUACAGUCGUUCGCCUACUCUUGUAAUUGCUUAUCUCAUGCUGCGACACAAAAUGGAUGUCAAAACGGCUCUGAUAACCAUCCGUCAGAAAAGGGAGAUUGGGCCAAAUGAUGGAUUCUUGCGCCAACUCUGUCAAUUAAAUGAAAAACUAGUUAAGGAGGGUAAACUUUAGUCUUAGCCAGUUUGGAAGUAGCCAGUGCCUGAUGAGAAUUAAUAGAUACCUGAGAUUUCAGUGUACCAAAUGUGUGUUGAAUUUAGGGCUGGGAUAAAGUUUCAUUGUUUCAAUAAUUUCUUCAGUGGGAUUGACUUACUUUGAAGGAAUUUAGGAAAAGGUCAAGAUAGCAGCGACCCAGCAUUAUGUUUAACACAUAAUUCCAUUGUCUCCAAAUGUAGUAGGACCCUUGGAUUCGGGUUGAUGCGUGUUGGUCUUUGGGAUCAUAGUUUUGGAUUGUAAUGCAGGAAAAUUAAUUUAUUGUGCUCAGUUACUGUACCAAGUUACAGUUAAUGAUGUGAAUCUGUUAGAAAUAUCCCAGUGUUUUAGUGCUCAGGUCUUGCAGUUAGCUCAAUUAGUUGGGCUUGAUGCAGUUAUCAACUGAGUACUAUAAGCAAACAAAUUUUCCUACGUUUCAGUGGCUUUGUAAUGGUGUACUUUAUUGACCAUAGUGCACCUUAUAAAGGAUGGGAAAGGUGCUAUAUAAAUGUAACUCUCUUUCUGUCUUUCACCUUACUUGGUUGCUGCAAUGUUUGACAUUAUUGACAAGUUAGCACAUUGUAGAUCAGUGUCAAACUCCAUUUAAUCAUCCCCAGAACUGCAGAUGUUACCUUUUCUUCCCUAUUUUGGGGCGGACAUGUUUUUGCUGUGUGAAUUGAUAAAAAUCAAAUUAAUUAUCCAUACAUCUUUAUACAAGGGAGCUAUUAGAUAAUUACACUUGUCUGUAAAUGAAAGGCAAAAAACCUAAGGGUCCCAGAAUUCUGUUUUUCUUUCCAAAUAAUGUGUCUGACCCGCUAAGUGUUUCCAGCAUUUUCUGUUCUUAUUGCUAUUUGCCUUUAGUUCCUCUGAGGGGGUGAAAACUAAUUAAUAUUUUGACUAACCCUUCAGAAUCCUUCCUCUCAAAUGAUGCAUACUUGCAUGUGCCUAAGCACAUGUUCCUCUGCAUGGUAAUAAAAACAUUAAUUUAAUCAAUACUGUGCAGGCAGUUUGUUCCCUUCGUCAUGUUCUGUUAAAGUCCUCGAACUGAAAUCAUUGAUCCUAAUAUCACUAUAACAAUCUUGUGAAAAAUUAUGUCCAAACCAGGAGUAUUUGUAAUAUCGCUAACCCGGACCCCAUUUGAUGGUUUGUGAAGUAUGACACUUAAGUUUGUUGGAGAAUCUAAUCCCUUUAACUAUGGUAAAGCUCCACCAAUAUCUCAAUAUGCUACUUUGUCAGUUUUGGAAAGGUUUGUUUCCAGCAUAGAAUAUUGUAAGAGUUGGUUAGAAGGGAUACUUAAUGGUCCUGCUGAAGAAAAUUGAAGAAAAGCUUUGGUCCUGGCCAUAGUUAACUAAUUUGAAUUUGCAAGUUGUUGUAAUUAUUUCUGUGUCUUCAAAGUGUACAUUAUUAAGACUGUAGCAAUACGAUGCCUUUCAUAUUGUCAGUUGUUCAAAUACUUUAUCAUAUAAACAGUGUUUUAAUAUUACCGGCAUCAUCUGAAUCUCGCAUGACCUAAACUACUUUACAGUGGCAUGCAAAAGUUUGGACACCCCUGGUCAAAACUUCUGUUACUGUGAAUAGUUAAGUGAAUAGAAGAUGAACUGAUCUCCAAAAGUCAUAAAGUUAAAGAUGAAACAUUCUUUUCAACGUUUUAAGCAAGAUUAAUUAUUUUGUUUUGUACAAUUUUAGAAUGAAAAAAAAAGGAAAGGAGCACCAUGCAAAAGUUUGGGCACCCCAAGAGAUUUGAGCUCUCAGAUAAUUUUUACCAAGGUCUCAGACCUUAAUUAGCUUGUUCACAGUCAUCAUUAGGAAAGGCCAGGUGAUGCAAAUUUCAAAGCUUUAUAAAUACCCUGACUCCUCAAACCUUGUCCCAACAAUCAGCAGCCAUGGGCUCCUCUAAGCAGCUGCCUAGCACUCUGUAAUUAAAAUAAAUGAUGCCCACAAAGCAGGAGAAGGCUAUAAGAAGACAGCAAAGCGUUUUCAAGUAGCCGUUUCCUCAGUUCUUAAUGUAAUUAGGAAAUGGCAGUUAACAGGAACGGUGGAAGUCAAGUUGAGGUCUGGAAGACCAAGAAAACUUUCCGAGAGAACUACUUGUAGGAUUGCUAGAAAGGCAAAUCAAAACCUUCGUUUGACUGCAAAAGACCUUCAGGAAGAUUUAGCAGACUCUGGAGUGGUGGUGCACAGUUCUACUGUGCAGUGACACCUGCACAAAUAUGACCUUCAUGGAAGAGUCAUCAGAAGAAAACCUUUCCUGUGUCCUCACCACAAAAUUCAGCGUCAGAAGUUUGCAAAGGAACAUCUAAACAAGCGUGAUGCAUUUUGGAAACAAGUCCUGUGGACUGAUGAAGUUAAAAUAGAACUUUUUGGCUGCAAUGAGCAAAGAUAUGUUUGGAGAAAAAAGGGUGCAGAAUUUCAUGAAAGGAACACCUCUCCAACUGUUAAGCACGGGGGUGUAUCGAUCUUGCCUUGGGCUUGUGUUGCAGCCAGUAGCAUGGGGAAUAUUUCACUGGUAGAGCGAAGAAUGCAUUCAAUUAAAUACCAGCAAAUUCUGGAAGCAAACAUCACACCGUUGGUAAAAAAAACUGAAGGUGAAAAGAGGAUGGCUUCUACCACAGGAUAAUGAUGUUUCUGUAGCAGGCAAUUUCUUUUUUACGAGGCCGAUUUGCUAGCUCGAUGCUCAACCCAGCAUGGAUGGAAAGCGUGCACAGGAGCCGGCUGGAUUCGAACUUGGGACCUUCCGCACCAAAGUCCAGUGCUAAUGCCACUACGCCACCAGCUAGCUUAAUGAUCCUAAACCCACCUCAAAAUCCACAAUGGACUACCUCAAGAGGCGCAAGCUGAAGGUUUUGCCAUGGCCCUCACAGUCCCCCGACCUAAACAUCAUUGAAAAUCAGUGGAUAGACCUCAAAAGAGCAGUACAUGCAAGACAGCCCAAGAAUCUCACAGAACUGGAAGCCUUUUGCAAGGAAGAAUGGGUGAAAAUCCCCCAAACAAGAAUUGAAAGACUCUUAGCUGGCUACAGUAAGCGUUUACAAGCUGUGAUACUUGCCAAAGGGGGUGUUACUAAGUACUGACCAUGCAGGAUGCCAAAACUUUUGCUUUGGGCCCUUUUCCUUUUUUGUUAUUUUGAAACUGUAAAAGAUGGAAAUAAAAAAAUUUUCUUGCUUAGAAUAUUAAAGAAAUGUGUCAUCUUUAACUUUAUGCCUUUUGGAAAUCAGGUCAUCUUUUACUCGCUCAGCUAUCCACAGUAACAGAAAUUUUGACCAGGGGUGCUCAAACUUUUGCAUGCCAUUGUAUCACCUCCUGCUUUGCAGAUCAUAUCGAAGCUCUGCUGCUUGUCUGCUUCAACCUCGUGCAAAACUGCUCAAUGUACUUGGCUACCAGAUGCACAGAGAAAAUUAACUUCUAUUGGGUUAACACGCUUGAAGUUCCAAAGGCAUUUGGUAUUGAAAACAAAGUAAGCUGUACAUUUAACAUUUGGUUGCUAAAAUAUAUGUUUGCCCAUUGACUACAUGCGUACACGUAAUCCCUAGUACAGCAGUGAUCUGCAUAAAAUAGAAACUUUUUUGAGUUACCUCCCAUGUACUUCACGCUUUCUUGGCCAAUGGCAGGUGGGUACUGGAAAUUAACUAUAAUAAGCACAAGCUGGGGAAUGGAAGACUCCGCUUGAACUGACUAGCUAAAAACUCAUGUUAGUUCAUUCAAAAUGUUGAUUAAGGAGCACAGCAAGAUGUAAUUAGUUCAUUAGGCUACCGAUUGUAGCUGGUGCAUAAUCAAUUUGGGAGAUAAACCUCCAGAACCCAUGUAACUGCACACCAGUAUGCCCAAUCAUAGAAAGGAAAUGAGAAUAGUUUAGAAAAUGAUUUUACUUAGCUUCUGGUAUUCAUUAUACUUAACUGUCAUGUUUAUAUUCAAUUCAUAUGAGGCUCUUCUUGGACCUCAUUAUAGCUGAAAAUCCCAUACGUUGGAUUUCCAGUACAUUGAGUCGAGUGACCAAGCAGCAAACAGCGUAAGUCUGGUUUGGGAUCUUUGUUUUGUCUUCCAAAGAUAGGUGACUGUCAUGUUUACAACAUAUUCCCCUUGUUGCCCAAGAAGAGAAAGAUGAUUGAUUCUUGCUGCUUGCAGAAAUGAAAAAAAUUGAAGAUAAUCACUUAUAAUAUAAGUACAAAUGUAAAUGUUCUGGAACUUGGUACCCAGUUUUCCUGGCAGGCAAUUGAAUGCUGCCUAUCGUUUACCACUUUGCAUUUAUGGUUUAUUAUGUAUCUGAGAUGAUAGAGAAAAAAUGAGUUAAUGCUGCAGUAGUUAAAAAUCUGGAGUAAUCAUACCCACAACUAUGUAGGCACUAUUGUAUAGGAGCUUUUUGUGAUUGUUCCUAAUAUUCAGAUUUGUUGCCCAGUAUAACCACCAUUCUCCACCAUACCGCAAAACCCUCACUCUCUUGAUGGGCUGAAAUGAUUGUAAUAAAGUUACAAUGAGAAUUGUAGUACAAUUCAGCCAUCAUUGUAUUACUUAACUUACCACUGGAAGAGAACAUUGAUGAUCAAAGGAAAUGUUAACAGAGACUAAUGACAGGAUAUUUUGCCAAGAGAAGUGGCAAAUAUUUAGAGUAUGGGUAAAAAAUUUUCACUGUUUCUGAGUUUAUAUUAUAAAGGUAGAUUUUUUAGUGUUUGACAAAAUUAGAUUAUUUUGAUUAUCAAAAAUCUUCACAAGAUUCACCCCUUUCAUCUCAAUAUAUUCAGCAAGUUGUAAUUAGAAGUUUACAACCCAUGUUGUAAGAGAAUGUGAGAUGAACGUGGCAGAACAUCAACAUCGGCCAGUACACUGUACUGCUCAUUUCAGAACCUGGCAUCAGAGUCGUUAAACAGGAAACUUACAGUAGGAUUGCCAUUUAUUUCAGGGCUUUCACCAAGGCUAAUGGCUUUUUUUUUAUCGCCCAGUGUCCUUGCAAUGCCAUAGUAAAUGGAUGCUAUAAAUCUGGCAUGUUAUGGUAGGUUUCUCACUGCAGAGGCUCUCUAGUCCAAAUAGAUUUAUGUUUUCAAAACCUGCACAUUACGGACCGUAUCAGCUUGCUUUGAAGCAGUCCUGAACAAAUUCAUAGAACCUCCUCUUUUUUGUGUUUCCAUUCACUUUCAUUUUAGUUUUAGUUCUACAGUGUGACAUCUGUACCGUUGGAGAAGAUAGGACUGGAUGUUUAAGCUUUGCAUUUGAUAUACUGUGUGGGUACUCUGCAAUCUGCCAAUUCAGAAUUUCCUUAAAUUAACUCUUUGGCUUGUCCUUCAUUUUCUUUCAUGUAAAAUAUAUUAUUUUGCUUAUCAGUCUUUCUACCUGCACUUCAAUUCUUCUGUAGUUUUACAUCUCCAUCAUGCCACUGAUGACACAUUUUAAAGAUAUGAAAAUUUAAAAAACUGCAGAUGCAGACAAUCUGAAAUAAACUGAAAACAUUGGAAACACUCAAUAGGCCAGGCAGUAUCUGUAGAAGGAGAGACGUACCUGAGACUUUGUUUCUCUUUCCAUGGAUGCCACUUGACCUGCUGAGUAUUUCCAUCAACAACUUCUCCUAGCUCCUUAGAACAAAUGGAAUUUGUUAGUAUUAAUUUGUGAACUGAUUUUUACAAUGGACUUCUGAAGAUAUUUCUUAAAUUCUUUUGGUUAAAACUGAAAAAUUCAAUGACAGCUUAAAAGUUGCACUAAUUACUUUUCAAAUUUGACCUUAAAUAAUAUCUUGUUCUUCUCAGUCACAUGGAGAGAGAACAAUUUGUGAAAAGUUGCUGGAGAUUUUUUUUAAAAAGAUGGUUUCCUAAAGUUGAAGUCUCUGAAGGGUGAACAUACACACUGUUAGACUUCAUGUUCCAGUCUUGGAGUUCCUUAAACCAUGGAGAAAUCUUAGGUAAUUAGGAGAGAUCUUGGUAAAUAAAAGGGGCCAAUAUUAUUUAUUCAAGUUCCAUUAGAUGAUCCCUGAUUUUCAGUCCUACAAUAUGGUUAUUCCUAAAUUGUGAAAUAUGAUGUUCUCCAGUAUCUAUGUGGCUAUGUUUUCCACUUUAGCUGUUUUGCAAAUGCCUACUUGACAUUUAGAUGCAUUACGAGAAAUAGUUUGUCUUUCCUGUAAUGUCAAUACUGUAACAUUAAACUGACAAAUAUACUAAAGCUAUUCUAAAAGCAAGAUUUUCUGGAGGUUCUAAAACUGUAAGUAGUUAUAAGGGUUGAUCAACUUUAUGAGAAAGCAGUUGGAUUAAAAUCUAUACAGUAUAUUUCAUGUUUUACUGCAGUUGACCUUGUGAAGGUGGUUGUUAAUUCUUAAAAGGCCAAUCACUGUCUGCAUAUCACACCUAUGAUAGUACAGUUUGCUCAUGAGUAUGGAAAGCAGUCAAUCACAAUCAAAAGAGAUAAUAGCAUAACUUGCUGGGAAUUACAUAUUUCUGUUAAAACAAUUAUAAUAUUAAGGAGAGAAUAUAAUUUUAUGAAGAUUGCAGGUCAAUUGCACAUUAGGGGCAAAAAUGUGUCUACUUGUAUCAUGAUGUUUAGUGAAGACCAGAUAACGUUGCCCAUGAAUAUAUGAACAUAAUAAAUAUAUAUAUAUAUUAAAAACAUAAUAUAUAUUACUUCGUUCCAGUAUAAGGAUACAAAUUAGACACCUUGCUGCAGAAGGGGCUUAAAUUCUAAUUGAAAUUCCCAACAGCAUGCUAUUGGGAUGGUCUAAUUAUGGUCUGGUUUUGUCUUUCUCUUCCAUAAAAAUCAUUCAAAAUUACUGUAAAUAUUUUUAAUGUCAAGAAAUUCCUACGAAGUUAGAGAAAAGACUGAUCACUUGUGUCAAUUCUGCGGAGGGAGAGUCAAGCCCACAAGCAUGCUCUGUCUUCCAGGUAGCUUUGUUUCCUCCCCUCCUGAACACCAAGUCCAAUUAACAAUGAAACUUAUAAUUUUAAAUGAAGUAGCACAUCUUCUUUGGGGCAUGGUGUAGUUUAUUUGCCAGUAUUUUACAUGAAUGGUAUAAUUUUUCAGAUUCAUUUUCUUCCAUAGUAGCUCAAUUUACAUUGAUCUAGGCAGAAAAUUAUACUGAACCUCACAACUUAAUUGACUGGUCUUCUGAACUUCAGUUUCUCUUGGAGACACAAGAGACUGUGGAUAGUCCAGAUGAAGGGUGUUGACCCGAAAGAUCGACUGUCCAUUUCCCUUAGUGGGUGCUGCUUGACCUCCAUCACCUUGUGUGUUGUUUCAGUUUUUUCAUUGUUUUACAAAGAAUGGAUGAUCCAGUAAAAAUGUGCUAACCUAAGUCCAGAUUCUUUUCCCGUUCAGACUUGACCAGUGGAAAAUUUAUUCUAUCUUUUUCACCGGAACUUCAUUUUAUACGGCGUAUCCAGAGGAUCUCUUGAGACACAUCCAGCACACUUCAAGGGCUCUUCUGUUGGUGACAAUUCUUAACUUGUACCUUUUUCAUUAGCUUCAAUUCCUUUUCCUUUGUGGAAUCCUUCAAAGGCUGAGAGUCUUAUACGUUGAUUUUCGAUAAAUCUGAGAAAAUCAAGAAAAUAGUGCUUGGUUUAGGAGGAAGCAAGUUCAAGUGGCAGAGGUAUAAAAAAAAAUUAAACAAUUCCCUUCCCUUCUAACAAUAGUUUGUAAAGCUAUUUGGAAUAAUCUCAUCACAUGAAGUAUUUGCACAAGCUUGAAUUACAUGCAUAACCCCAACACAUAAUUUCAUAAAUCCAAAGCACAUGCAUUGCACAAAAGAAAUAUUUUUGACAAGUAUAUUUUGGAUAGAAAUGCUAAAUUAUGUUAUCUAAAUCAUGAAGGUUUUGAUGUAAAUGAUUUGCCUGUGUAGUUGAUGAGAAGAUCUUCAAACUGGAGGCUUCCCUACCUAAAGUAUGGUGACAUUUCAGUAUGCAUGACCUGCUUUAAUUGCACUUUAUAAAUGCAAAUAGGGUGAAUUUGUAAUGUCAUUGAAGAUGUAGGCAGAGGUCCAGCUCACUAGGCUUUAAUAAUAGUCCAUUAGACUAUUAGUCCUCUAACAAAGAUGGCGCUAAUGAGACAUGACAAUGCUUUGCAGGCAGCAAACAAAGCAACUAACUAUUCUAUUAAAUAUACUUUUUUUGGGGGACUCUGAUCACUGCAAUCUGCAGCCUGUAAUUUUCCUUUGGGAGUUGGGCUUUUGAACGGUCUACGACCUGGUGUUUUUGCACUAUCCUGAAAGAUUCAUUAAAAUGGACUCUUGAGAGUGGGGGUAUGGCCGUGGCGGCCACUGUUGGAGUGGACUUCGGGCCCGAUCGAAGUGGCAGGGCCUGGGCCCGAGAGCGAAAAAUGAAUUGAUAUUUAGCCAAUUUAAGCACAGUGUCAGAUUAAAAAGAUCAAGGCGUCGAAGCCGAGGGUGAAGGAUGAACCGGUGUUCAGCUCACCAUUCCGUGAGGCUUUACUCGCCUCAGCACUGAACUGACUCUGCAGCUGUGAUCAGUAGCCAUCGACACUCGCCCCAGUGCUGAACUGGCUUUGCGGCUGUGGCCUGCAGCCAUCGGGCUCCUGGAUCUGCUGCAGCGCUAAACUCGCUCCAUGUCUGUGGCCUCGCAUUCGGGGACUCUGCAGUUCACGUUCCGUGUGUUAAUUGCUUUUUUUUAAUUGUUUGCACAACUUGUUCUUUUUCGCACGGUGGAUGUUUGACAGUCUUUGUUGUGUGGAUUCUAUUGUGUUUUGUGGCUGCCUGCAAGAAGAUGAAUCUCAAGGUUGUAUAUGAUAUACAUACUUUGAUAAUAAAUGUACUUUGAAGUUUGAAUUUACAUCCAAACCAGAUGCCAGUCAUUGAACUGAAGGAGCCAAGGAAUAGCUGUGGUGGAGUAGUUUUCAGUGACUAUAAUUGUUGAAUAUUGAGGUCUUAACACUUCAUGAGGUAGCUAAAGUACAAGGCCUCUAUAUCUGAUCAGGAGUACUAAGGACCAUGAAAGGUGGUGAAAGGAUGAGGUUUCAUGUCAACAUGCUGCAUUUUCGUCCUUCCAUUGUGGGACUCUGCAAGCCAAGAAGGCUGAUAGGAAUGUAUCUUCUACAGGCUUUUGUUAUCUUAUAAAAAGUGAGAGUUUCCAUCUUGAAUGCAAGUGUCUUCUGUAAGCAGGAAGCAUAGGCUAUUUGUUGCAAUAUAAAAGUAUAUUUUAAAGAAACUAGGUUUAUAUGUUCCAGAGGCUUUACACUUAAGGAAAUCCUGUAUAUAUUUCAGAGUUCUGUAUUUAUUUCUGAAUGUAAAAGAAAUGUGUGUUUUGUCAAAAAACUGAUAUCUCUGGCAAAUGUACUUGCCUUGAGAUCUGUAUUUUGUUUCUGUUCUACGUAAUGUUUUUCUGUUUAAAAAUAAAAAGGCAAAAU